AUGCCCCCAGCCUCCCCGUGGUGUCCCCAGCCUCGUAGUGAUGCCACCCUCAGGGGAUGCCCCCAACCCCAUUUCCAUGCCCCUGACCCCGAGCUGGUGACCCCAGUCCCACUUCGGGGCCCCCAACCACAGGUGCCCGGGGGCUGUGCCAACCUGCUGCAGCUGAUGUACCAGGAGCCUGCCCGCUGGUCCUACACCUUCCAGACCUUCUCGUGCCUCAGUCGCCUCCGGGCCGCGCUGGAGGCGCCGGGCGAGGCCGGGGGCACCCCUGGGAGCCCCGUCAGGGUCUUCGAGCGCUCCGUGUUCAGUGACAGGUACGUGUUUGCCCGGCAGCUCUUCGCGGCCGGGCACCUGCGGCCGCUGGAGUGGGCGCUGUACCAGCAGAGCCACGACGCGCUGCUGGCACACCUGGGGCACCGCGCCGCCCCCCACGCCUUCCUCUACCUGCGCGCCGCGCCCCAGACGUGCCUGGAGCGGCUGCGGCGGCGGGCGAGGAGCGAGGAGAGCGGGGUCCAGCUGGGCUACCUGCAGCAGCUCCACGGCCAGCACGACCUCUGGCUGCUGGCCAGGGCCACCGAGUGA